AUGGAUCCAUACGCCGACCAUGUCAAUAAACAAUUUGAAAAAUUAGAUAGUUUUGCAACGAAUUUUACCAAAACUUUUAUUCCCAUAGUUGAUUCUGCACUAAAAAUGUCAACAGAAGAAGGCGUCGUAUCGGCUUUUCAAGUUUUUCAAGCGGCAAAACAAAGCAAAAAGUCGAAAAACUCAAAGAAAUCGACAAAAACUCCUUUGAAUGGUAGCACAGGAAAGAAGUUAGCAACGAAGCCAACUGCUGGCAAGCAACACAGUGUGAGUAAAGCAUUCAAGAAGAACGAGGAGCUGAAAGCCAAAAGUCACAAUCAUGUGGAGUCUAGCCAAAGUGUAGGUGGUGCAGUAUCCAAGAAGAACAAGGACAAGACAACAAAACACUAUGAUGGUAAUCCUAACGAGCAACCAAAGAAACAAAAGGCUGAACCCAAAAAGAAACCACAACUGCAGGAGUAUUUGGUUAAACAGCUGGAAAAGGAUGUAGAAGAAAAUCCAUCAGAUGAUGAUGAUGAUGACUUCGAUAGUGAAGAUAUGGGCAGUGAAGAAUAUAGCUACACUGAAUCUGAUGAAUUUUCCAACGAGUAUACAAUUAAUGAAAGUGGAAGUUUUUCUGAAGAUGAAGAAAUGGAGGGCGAUGACUCAUUUGAGUAUGAUGUUCCAUCCAAAAAUUCAAAUAAAGACAAUAGGAAACGUAAAAGUCCAGAACCCACUACCCAAAGCAAAGCCAAAACACCAGCCAGCAAAUUAAAUGGCGAAGUUUUACAAACCAAAAAGUUGAAAACGUCCGAUCACCCAGAUCGUAAAUCUCUACCAGACACAAAACAUCAGAAAGCAACUUCCUCGGCUGAAGAAAAUAAACGCAGAAAGUCGAUAGCAACUGUCUCAACUGUCAAAGACAAAUCUCAACAAUUAAGAAAAGUCUCCAUAACCUCGGUAGAUGUUAAACUGGAACCAUUAUCUCCGCCGCACAAUGUGGCUAAGGUCAGCAGUAUUGAUGAAGGAAAGCGGGCUUUCCAGUGGUUAUUAAAUCCUGUCUCUGUGGAUGAGUUCUUCAAAAAGUAUUGGGAAGCCAAGGCUUGCCUGAUCAAGCGCAAACAAUCCAACUACUUUUCUCAUUUGAUUUCCUUUGAAGCCAUCGAUGAAAUGCUCAUAAAGAAUCAUGUGGAAUUUACCAAAAAUUUAGAUGUAACAUCCUAUAAAAAUGGCGUUCGUGAGACAUUAAAUCCAGAAGGGCGUGCUAUGCCUCCUGUUGUUUGGGAUCACUACGGUCAGGGUUGCAGUAUUCGCUUGUUAAACCCCCAUACAUUUUUGCCCCAGUUGUUCACGCUUAAUACAACUUUACAAGAAUAUUUCCAUUGCUUGGUGGGUGCCAAUGCCUACUUGACACCACCAAAUAGUCAAGGAUUUGCUCCCCACUAUGACGACAUUGAGGCAUUUGUGUUACAAAUUGAGGGUCGAAAACGCUGGAAGUUGUAUAAACCACGUUCGUCAGGGGAAAUUCUGCCCAGAGAAUCUUCCCGCAAUUUUACACAGGCUGAGAUUGGAAAACCCAUCUUGGAGGAGGUCUUAGAACCAGGUGAUGUUUUGUACUUCCCUCGUGGCACUAUUCAUCAAGCAUGCACAGAGCCAGGCUAUCAUUCCUUGCACAUUACGCUGAGUGUAUAUCAGAAACAAUCAUAUGCUGAUUUGUUUGAGAAAAUGCUUCCGUUGAUGCUUAAAAAGGCUAUAGCUGACAAUGUUGAAAUGCGACGAGGUCUGCCUUUGAAUACUUGGCAACAUGCUGGCAUUGCUUACAGUGACAAUUCUACAAAAGAACGUGUCGAUUUGCAAAGGAAUGUCAAACAACUUUUGCACAAAUGCAUUAGAGAUAUGCCAUUGGAUGACUUGGUCGAUGCAGCAGUCGAUCAAGUCGCCAAGAAGUUCCAACAUGAAGCUUUGCCUCCAGAGGUCCUGCCAUCGGAACGUACACGUACAGUUUUCGGUUCACGCAAUCGUACCAAUGAACGUGGCGAAUGUGUCUGUGACUAUGAUAUUGAUGAGCGCACCAAUGUCCGUCUAUUAAGGGCCAAUAUUAUGCGUCUGGUGGAUGAAGAGGAAAAGAUACGCAUCUAUUAUUACUUGGACAAUUCUAAAGAGUACUGUGAGUAUGAACCCAAUUUUAUAGAAAUUGAACCAAUGGAGGCUGCCAGUGUUGAGGUGUUAAUAAAAAGCUAUCCACAAUACAUUGGAGUGUCACAAUUACCCUUGCCCAGCGAUGAGCAGAAAAUAAAUCUAGUUACUGCUUUGUGGGAGCGAGGUUUACUUAUGAUGGAAAAACCAUUUAAAUAAUUACUGAAUUUAAUUCCAAACCCAUUGAUUGU